AUGGAAAUAAAGACAGAUCGCGAGAUGAUGGAAGAUGUAAAGGAACAACCUGAUUUUGAACGCACUACUAGGUGCCGUAAACCAUGCACAGCGAAAUAUGACACCGCCAAAGGCUAUCCACCUGUUGCUAAUUCAAGACUAUAUCGGGAUUACCUAUGUCCGACCAUGUUUCGAGAUAUGGCAGACUAUGUUUAUGCAUGGCCAUACCGUCAUUUUGAUGAAAAUAUCAAUACACCAAAUGUGAGAAAAGUUCUGGAUUGCCUUCCUCCGAUUCCAAUAUUAUACUCUAAAGGCGAUCCAAAAAUUGUAAAGAGUUUUAUCAAACAGCUAGGACACCACCUUAAACCUGGGUAUAUUCUUCUAACUGGACAAACUGAUUACGAAAGUCCAGGUAAUAAUACAAGAUCACUAGAUAAUUUUAUGAUAUUAAGAUGGUACGGAUCAAACCCCGACAUAGCUCAUCCAAAGUUCCGACCAAUACCCCUUGGUUUAAACUGUUAUGAGCACGGUGAGGCGAUGCAGCGUUAUAACAACAAAUAUGGAGACAAUAUUAAAGAAAAGAUGCAAAAUAACAGAAAACGCAUGGAAAAUGGAGAUAUACAAAAAUUAGCCGUGGUUAAUUUCGGAUUUACUCAUCCAACUCGACAAUCAGUUAAGACCCAACUGUGUACUGAAAAGUAUCCUUUUGUAGAAUGUCAGGAUAAAUUAUGGGCGAACAAUAUUACGGGAAAUAAGAAACUCACUUUGCUUUACGAGCGUCUGUCCAAGUAUCCAUUUUGGGUAGCACCCAGGGGCAAUGGGCUUGACACCCACAGGAUCUGGGAGGCCUUAUAUGUUGGCUCUAUACCUAUCGUGCAAAGAUCUUUACUGGAUCCACUAUUCAAAGACCUGCCUGUACUUCUAAUCGACAACUAUGAAGAUCUUACCGAAAAACUACUUAAAGAAACCUUAAUCAAAUUUUCAGAUAUGGAUAUUGAUACGAAGACACUACAUAGAAACUACUGGUGGAGGGAAAUAGAAAAAUUCAGAAUAGAAAUGCUUAGUAAAUUUAAUCUUGUAGAAUCUAAUAGGUCAAGAUGUUGGGCAACGUGAGGCGAACGAAAAAUAAUGACUUGAACAUAAUAAAAACAGUUUUCUUCAAUUCGGAACCGUUAUAUAUUUAUUUUUGAAUACUUGAACGUAUGACUUGAACGUAAUAAAAUUCUAAUAGGCAAAUGUAUAAAAAUGUACGCAGUGUAUCUUAAUGUUUGUUUCUACUUUAUUUUGUCAAUUAAGUUUUAUAAAGUUGUGCAUGAAACACGGAAAUGUAAUAUGAAUUUAUUUUUU